UUUCCCUAAAAAUGAGUUGUAAUAUAUCUUAUUACUUCAGAUUACCCUUAAGACAAGAUGAGAAGCAAGAAAAUGCUGAGUCUGUAUUUCAACAACAAAAGGUGCAGUUAAGCAGGAAAGAGGAGCAAUAUGGUGAAAAUGUGGAAUGGACUCAACACCCUGAAAUCAGGACAGUGAUUACAGAUGUAAAGGCCAUAGAAAAUGAUCUCAGACAGUUACAAGGACCACAGGAUCAACUCUCAGAGACAGUGCAGAGUUCUGAGAAGAUACAUGCCAUCUUACAAAGGCUUGAAGUUCGACUUUCCAAGUUAAAAAUUACACUAAAAGAUCAAUCAGCAAAAAUUGAACAGAUUCAGACUCAACUGCUACACGAAGGUUUGCUUGGAGAUGAAACAAAGAAACUCAUUAAGCAAACACAGUCUCUAGAAUGUACUUUGGCAAAACAGAUGGAUAAAAAUGAGGAAUUGAUGACAGAACUCACUGGAUUUAAGAAGCUCUUUGAGGAGACAAAAAAGAAGUUAAAUAAGCAUGAAGACCGAGAGCUUAGUGGUCCUGGAGAUUUAAAAAACAGCCAAUUUGAUAUGCACAUUCCAAUUACUACACUAAGGCAUGAGUUGUACAAGCUGAAAGAAAAUUGGGAAACUACAUAUUACAAAUAUCUACACAUGGUUGUAAAACUUCAGUUAAUUGAACAGGAGCUAAUAGCAAUAAAAACAGAACAAAAGAAGUGUGGACACCUACCCACGAACCACAAGGACUUAGAAGAAGAAGUUCUUCACCUCAAAAGCUGGAUGCGAGAGAACGUGACCCAAGCAAGAGAAGAAAACAACACUGAGGAUUUAAGAGACACUAAUGAUGUGGUAAUGAUAAGCCAGAUGGAACUCAGAAUUAAAAACUUGGAAUCUCAGCUGGCCACCAGGGGAGCUCAGCAAAGUCUCCGUGAAGGAGGAAGGCUGAAAUCCGAGCACCAUUAUGCAGGAGAGAGUGGCCUGACGCAGCCAUUGAGAAAAGAGCUGAGUGAGCAAGCCAAGCAGAGUCCACGGAUUCCACGGAAAUAGCGGCGCUCAGCUUGCCUCUGCCAAGGCUGACAGACUCGGAGUUAGAAAAUGGAUGUGCACUUGAACUGCCUGCCAUUCAGAGAGGCUCUUGUUUCUUCCUUUUCAGUUUGGAUUUCUGUGGCCAUUUGCCCCUCCCCAAGGCUCUCAUGUAGCUAACCUGAUUUGUGAGUCUUUUAGAUUAGCAUCGAAAGCUUUCUAUAUAGGCAUUUAUAUGCUUAUUAAACUACUCUUUGCCAUUUUAAUAAAUAGAAAUCUUAACAUGUGUUAA